GUUUUCCACACGCAACACGCUAUAAAUCCAUUCAUCCAUCAACUCUUUCUACAAACAAAGACUCAAAUCUGAAAUAUUUCAUCUAUUCAUAGCAAUCUCACCAUGUCUAGAAGCACGAUCUUAACAUUAUCCAUCGUGUUUUUUGUGUUGUUCAUCUCAAAUUUCGUGGCCAACGGAAUUCCAGGAGGGAGGAAGAAGGUAGAAAACGUGAAGACGAACAAAGAGGUUCAGGAACUCGGGAGGUAUUCAGUGGAGGAGUACAAUCGGUUGGAAGGAAGCCAGAAAGGUGGCGUCGGAUCUCUGAAGUUUUCACAGGUGGUGGAGGCGGAGACGCAGGUAGUUUCAGGGAUCAAGUACUACUUGAAAAUCGUAGCCUUCUCCAAGUCUGGUGUUUCGAAGGUGUUCGAUGCGGAGGUGGUGGUUAAAGCGUGGAUGCAUUCGAAGGAGUUGCUCAAUUUCAAACCGUCUCCGGCGAACAAGUAAACUUGAGCCUUUUUUCUUCGGAGUUAUUGAGAUCUGUUGAGUGAUCAUGCUUUCUUGUAAGUUGUAACUCGGUUUUAUGAAUAAAAUCUAUGGAUCUUUUUAAAUAA